GCAUGCGCGGCGGGCAGAGCGCGCACCCGCGGCCCAACUGGGAGGCCGGCGUGGGACUUACCCGGAGUUUGCGCGAGAACGCCCCAGGUGGCCGAGCGCGCUGGGGGAGUGGCUGCGUGACGCGGUCUGCUCCUGAGCAGGUAGCUGCUGGGCUCCGACGUCUGCAACUUUAGAUGGUGAUGCUUGGACUCUAGCUCUUCCUGGCAAGCCGGACGGUCCUGUCUCCCGACUGCGGAUCCUGGAUCCUUUCCUGCGUGUUUGCAGAAUACAAGUUUUUGGUGUUCUCAUGCUUUCUGUGAACCAGACUCUGGCAUGGGGAUCGGGAGGAGACUGCUCAACAAGAGGGCAAAGCACCUGUGAACCAGCCACUACAUGGGCUGGGAAACAAGAAGAGCACACCCCUGUCACCUACCCCAUAAGCAACUGGCUGAUUCUGAAGACUCGGGGUGACUGCGCUCUGCCUAGCAUGGCUGUUUCCCUCUUACCACCACCACCAGACCCACAGUUUGUUCUGCGAGGCACACAGUCAGCGGUGAAUGCACUGCAUUUCUCUGGAGGGACCCAGGCCCAGGGGUGCCCACUGCUUUUCUCAGGGUCUCAGAAUGGUCUUAUUCAUAUCUGGAGUCUCCAGACGCGGAGAGCAGUUGCCACCCUGGAUGGCCAUGGGGGCCAGAGUGUAACUUGGCUUCAGAUGCUUCCCCAAAGUCCCCAGCUCCUCAGUCAGGGUCGGGACCUGCGACUGUGCCUGUGGGACCUGGCAGAGGGCCGAAAUGCUGUUGUGGACUCUGUGUGCCUGGAGAGUGUGGGCUUCUGUAGGAGCUCUGUUCUUGGUGUUGGUCAGGCACGCUGGAUGCUUGCAGUGCCAGGGAAGGGCAUUGACGAGGUUCAGAUUCUGGAGAUGCCAUCCAAGACGUCAGUGUGCACCCUGAAGCCGGAGGCAGAUGCCAAGCCAGGCAUGCCUAUGUGCCUGGGGCUGUGGCAGGCAGAAUCGAGUCCCCGCCCUUUCCUUCUAGCUGGCUAUGAGAAUGGAUCGGUGGCCCUGUGGGAUGUCUGGGAGCGGAAGGUGUGCAGCCAUGUCUCCUGCCACGAGGAGCCCGUCAUGGGCCUUGACUUCGACUCUCAGAAGGCACGGGGCGUCUCUGGCUCCGCAGGGAAGGCACUGGCUGUCUGGAGCCUGGAUGGGCAGCAGGCCCUGCAGGUGUGCAGCACUCACCAACUCACCAACCCUGGGAUCUCUGAUGUUACAAUCCGGCCAGACCACAAGAUCCUGGCCACCGCAGGCUGGGACCAUCGCAUCCGUGUGUUUCACUGGCGGACCAUGAAACCACUGGCAGUGCUGGCUUUCCACAGUGCUUCUGUCCACUGUGUGGCCUUUGCCACCAAUGGCUUGCUAGCUGCUGGAUCCAAGGAUCAGCGCAUCAGUGUCUGGUCACUAUACCAACGCAUGUGACUCAGCCACUCUCCCUUCUCUAGAGACUCAAGACAAGAAGUAGGCAUCUCACUCCAGCAUUGGCCCAGAAAGUGGACACAGUCAAAGGCCCCUAAGGACCAUCAGGUGUGGCCCAAGGACCAGAGUCUUCACUUUUUCAUGAGGCUUCCUAUUCCUUUUGUGAGCUAUGGCAUCCAUCUGACAGUGACCCUGAUGACCAGCAAGACAUCUGAAAUCUGUGGCCUAUAGAGAGGUAUGGCUUGGCCUGGCAGUGGUACCAGCCUAAGGAUAUUGUAUAAUAAAUUUUCUGGUGCAAUCUCUCUCAGUGGUCCCUCUACUUAAGAGUCAGAGCCUGCAGGUCCCCCUGGAUAGGGCCCCUGCUGGGCCUUGCUAAUGAGUGAAUGUUCCUGAGUGGGUUCUGGGGCCUUUGGCCUUCUGCUGAUGUCUGGGUAGCUCCUUAUGCCAGAGAUGAGCAGGAACUCCCGACAUCCAUGACUGAGGCUAGAAGUAGGCAAAGACAUCACUGAACUCCGAAAAAAGUAUAGCAGAAAAGGGGCAGACACAGGGUGGCCAAGCUAGUUGAAACAGGAGUUCAUGGUGUUCAAAGCAAGGCCAGAUGGGCCGGGGAUUUAGCUCAGCAGUGUAAGUGCCUGCUAGGCAAGCAUGAGGUCGUGAGUUCAAUCCCUGGUACCAAAAAAAAAAAAAAAAAAAAAAAAAGCAAGGCCAGAUACAGGAUGGGAAGGAGUGUCAGUCUUAGGGUCUAUCAGUUAGGGUUCACUCCAGGGACAUUUAGUAUUACACAUUUACUAUGCAUAGUAAAUGUUUUAUAUUUAUAGAUAAGUAUAUAUUAUAUAUAUCAAACACUUUUAUAUGUGCUAUAUAUAUACAUGAUAUGUAAAGAAUUUACAAGUAGGCUUACAGUGGCUGCCUACAGAGUCAGGAGUAGAAAGAUACAAAAGGGCUGUCUGCAUUCUGGAGAGCCAAAGAUCCAGUCAGAAGUCAAAGGCCUGGAGCUCACUGCAGAGUCAGGUGCGAGGGUGUUGGAAGCUAAAGGGUCUGCUCUGGAAGGCUGAAGAGUCUGUGCUGGAAACCUGCAGGAACUGGGGAUGAAGGCAAAGAUGAGCUCUUUCAAAAGAGCAAAAAGGAAGGCUGCUUCUUUUCCUCUUUAUUCUGUCCAAGCUACAAGCCUAUUGCUGGCAUCACUCACAUCCAGGGUUGGUCGUUCCUCUUCAGUGUUUGGCUUACCAAUCAGUCAUCCAUCAUCCAGGCCUGUCCAGAACUGUGCUCCACUAAUUUCUUAUGUAUUUCUUUUUUAUUAUUAUUACUUUUUUUGUAAGAAAAUUAAUUAUACAACUUAAAAAAUAAAUGCUAUGUAUUUCUUAAUCCA